AUGCGUAGAAUCCUAACAGUCAUUCUUUUUAUUGGACUAACAAAUUUUGUCAAGGCAGCAGACCCUAGUUGGGGGCAAGGGUGCACCUACAUUAGCCAGACUAGACAGAUUUAUUGUUUUGGCGGAGAACCAUUUUCAGCCAACGAUAAACAGAUUCCAGUCUAUGCUUUAAACGUAACCGACGACAGUAUAAUUGAUCUCUCAAAUCCAACAUGGAAUAAUAUUGCAGGCAUACAAAACAACGCCAGACCAAGCGCUGCAAGUCGAUUUAUACUCACUGGAGUUACGGGAACCGACUUAGUAUAUUUCGCAGGUGGUGUUGUAUGUUCUGCCUGCACAUAUAACCCAGGAUAUCUUUACAAUGUGACAACCAAUCAAUGGACAGUAGUGAAUUCUCAUACACCAGUAUUCGAUGCUGCUUUUACUCUUGUGUCUAACAAUCUCUACUACUUUGGUGGCCAAACUACUAGCUUAACAGGUAGCGCUACAACGGGAAACCUAUUAUACAAUACCAUGACCUCUUUUGUUGCCAAGACAGGAGCUGACGGGCCCACUGUUUUUGCUCAGGGUGGAUCAUCUCUACCUCAAGCUACAUGGGCUUCUUCUAUGGUUUAUGCUACUGCAUAUUCAACACUUCUUGUUAUCGGUGGACAGCAACAUUCAAACACAACAGUACCUGUUGCCAUGGAUGAUGUUAUUGCAGUUAACGUACAAACGGGCGUAUACAGCAAGUGGAAUGAUACGAAAUCUACAACCGGAAGCUUACCUCCUACUAGAUGGGGACACUCUAUGAUAAUGGAUUCUAGCAACACCAACGGAAUUAUGUUUGGCGGUUGUAAUGAUAAUGGAGAGGCAAUGAACGAUCUUUGGCUCUACAAUGUGGCCAACCAUACCUGGUCCCCACAGAAGACAACCGGAACACCACCUACCCCAAGAUGCAGACAUUCUGCUGUUGUCGUUGGAAAGUACAUGUUUGUUUUGUUCGGUGGAAAUAACGCUGUAUUUGGCACGGAUCUCAAUGUUGCUCUUGACAUUACUACCUGGAAAUGGACCACUGCUCCUGUGUUUGGCAAUCCUCCUGCUUCUUCAACCACAUCCGGCUCUACAUCAGAGCCAACUUCUUCUUCAGUGACUAUCAGUGAUGACGAUGGAUCGUCUGGAAUUUCUGGGGGUGCUAUUGCGGGUAUCGUUGUUGGAGCCCUUGCUGGCGUUGGAAUCAUUGGUGCACUUCUCUUUUUCUUUGUAUUUAAGAAACGAAGCAGAUAUUCAAGUGCGGACAAUCACGCAGACGAUUUCAGCAAGGGCGAAACUGCUGCCAAUAACCAGAAUGAUGCAAUCCCCUCUCAGGCAAGAGAAGGACAGAAAAACGUCUCUCCAGAAAAAAUGAUCAAGCCGGAUCAGUCAGUUCCUGGGUCUGCAUUACCAACAGGUCGUAUAAUGCUUGAGUCAGUUAAACCUGACGGCGGUCAUUAA